GAUGCGAGCAGCGCGGAGCGAUGCACCCGGGCAACAGCAGCGGCCCCGGGGGCGGCGCGGGGCAGGCCCUGUUCAGCCCGGGCACGUACGAGCUGCUGGCGCUGCUGGUGGCCGCCAUGGGGGCGCUGGGCGCGGGCAGCAACCUGCUGGUGCUGGUGCUGUACUGGCGCUUCCCGCGGCUCCGCACGCCCACCCACCUGCUCCUGCUCAACAUCAGCCUCGGCCACCUGCUCGCCUCAGUCUGCGGCCUCAGCCUCACGCUCACCGCCUGCCUGCGCAGCCACUGGGUCUGGGACGCCGCCGGCUGCCUCUGGGACGGCUUCAGCAACAGCCUCUUCGGAAUUGUCUCAAUCAUGACCCUCACUGUUCUUGCCUAUGAGCGCUACAUUCGGGUCGUCCAUGCAAAAGUGAUUAAUUUCUCCUGGUCCUGGCGGGCCAUCACUUACAUCUGGCUCUACUCACUAGCCUGGACUGGAGCACCUCUUCUAGGCUGGAACAGAUAUACACUGGAAAUACAUGGACUAGGUUGCUCAGUGGACUGGAAGUCAAAAGAUCCCAAUGAUACUUCCUUUGUGCUCUUUUUUUUUCUUGGUUGCUUUGUGGUACCUGUUGGAAUCAUGGCGUACUGCUAUGGUCACAUUCUAUAUUCAAUACGAAUGCUUCGCUGUAUUGAAGAUUUUCAGACUGUUCAAGUGAUCAAACUCCUAAAAUAUGAAAAAAAGGUGGCGAAAAUGUGUUUUUUAAUGAUCUCCACAUUCCUUAUCUGUUGGAUGCCUUAUGCAGUCGUCUCUCUUCUAGUAGCCUAUGGCUAUAGCAACCUUGUAACGCCAACAGUGGCUGUCAUCCCAUCCUUUUUUGCCAAAUCAAGCACUGCUUACAAUCCAGUCAUCUACAUCUUCAUGAGCAGAAAGUUUCGACGAUGCCUUUUACAGCUCUUGUGCUUUCGCCUGCUAAGAUUCCAGAGGACAAUGAAAGAAAAACCAGUAACAGGGAAUGACAAGCCAAUAAGACCAAUUGUGAUGUCCCAGAAAGUUGGGGACAGGCCAAAGAAGAAAGUGACUUUUAGCUCUUCUUCUAUUAUUUUUAUUAUCACCAGUGAUGACGCCCAGCAAACAGAUGAAAGUAGCAAGCACAACAGCACAAAAGUUAACGUGAUUCAAGUAAAACCACUAUGAGGGGCUGAGUCAGACAGGUCUCAGAACUCGAAUGGAUGCUAGCCAAUGAGUCUGUUUUGGCCUGACGACUCGCCAGUGGUAGAAUGUGUGUGAAGAAGGUGCUAUGCUUAAUGCUGUGAAACAGAGAAGAAAUUUAGUGGAUGAAAUCUGUAAAGUGGUUAAAUGUGGUGACAGUAUUCAAAUCUGUACAUUUUUUUAUCUGAUUUAUCAGUGGCAAUUUUUACUCUUUUUUAAGCAUAUCAUAUAAUUAGCCAACAUUCCUAGUCACACCAAAUUAUUGAGGAAAUAAAGAGAUUAUCAGAAGCUAGCUUAGAGUCACCCACCAAAAUGCUGACUUACAAAGUUUUCAUUAAACCUAUUACAAAACUACUAAAAUACUGCCCCCUUUUCAGUACAAGGGGUCUCUUGCUAAUGCUCAUAAGGUACCUAGAGCCACUUUGAGAGAUGCUCCAAAGAAAAUAAAUUCACUGUGAGCACUGAUGAAAAGAUGACAAACUAAAGCAUCAUAAUGUUUAUACAUACAACAAACCAUUUAGUUAAAAUUAUUAAAUACCACAUAAUUAAAAAUAAAUGAAAAACUCUCUUACAUAUGUAACACGCAUACUUUCUUUAGAUGAAACAGAAGCCUUGACCACUAAUAGACCACAAGACCUGCUGUAUCACCUCUUUAAGAUUAACCGGUGUCAAUCCAAAUACUUGUGAUCUGAGUGAUAAUUUUCAUACCUAAAACUCACUUGGCAGAACUACCUUCCCCCAAAAAAGACCUCCCCCCCCCCCCAACAAACAAUAACAACAAACCUAUGUAAAGUAUCCGUGGUAUGAAAUGUCUGAUGUAUUCUACUCUACGUAUCAAUGGCGGGUAAGUGAUUAUUUUUACAGAACUAGAAUCAACACGCAUAACCUGAUAUUCUGCUCCGCUACUUUAGUUUCACUUCAGUAUAACUGCAAAUAAAUCAGUGUAAUCUCACUGCUGUGUCACUGAGUGCACACAUAGGCCCGUAGUCUAUACUAGAUGAGCAUUGUUUUAGGACAUGCCCUCCUCACUGUCUGCCAGUUAGGCACUGUGGAGCUCAAGUGUGAGUUCUGCCGCUUCUCUAUGCUGAUGGAAACAUUAGGAAAGGCAGUCAAGUUACUGUUCCAUGUGCUGCCCAGGGGAAAAACUGCACUGAGUGUAGGAGAACAACUUGGAUACCUUAGCACCGACAAGGGUUAAUUUUGCCUCCGUAAGCUCCCAAAGAAAUCAGUAUGGGCCUAAACCAAAAAGUCCACUUCCUACUGAGAGUAUUGAAUAAUCUGAACUCACUUUAAAACAACUGGUUCAGUCCACUACAUAUUUUCUUUAGAGACUAAUGAGCACCUUUGAACAGUCCUUACAUUCCAUAAGCAAAAGACUGAAGCUUUGCCUCUUGAUCUGUGAGGCUGCCAUGGAUACCUUGUACACUUACACUUUGAAAAUAUCUGCACUAAUAAUCCAUCUCUACGUGUCCUGUUUAAACUUAUACACAGAGAUCAAGCUUUGAACAUUAAGCAACAUAUUUCAUUUAGGAAGAUAUGAACACUUGCCUACAUUUUUACCAUAGGUAUAGACCUGAGUAGCUCUAUGGAUUGAAAGACAUGCCCUUAACAUAACUUAUCAGUUUCUAUGUCAAGAACUGCUUUUUCAAUCAGCAGUCACUACACCUAUGCACAUUUAAUUUUACCAAAGGGGCAAAGAAAUGUGUCAACAAAUAUAUACAAUGCCAUCCUUUUAACAGAUUGUGCACAUUUGAUAUUUAGCAUUGUAUGUACCUUGAUCCUUUUGUGAGAGAUUAAAUUUAUCUUAUUUAUAGAAUUCAUUCUUGAUCAAGUAUUUUCUCCCUUUGAGAAGGAAAAUUGUUGUAUUGCCACCUGCUGGAAAAGGUCUGUAAUAUCUUUCUAACUAACAAAACAAUAGCAUUUCAACUUGUGAAAGUAAGUGGUAAAUAUUUGGCUCUGCUGGAACUGCAGAGAAAGCUUCCAAUUUAUUUUACACAGAACUAGCAUACAUUGAACCAUCUUCAAAGAGAUGCUGUACAACAGGGGUAUCUCACUCACCCACUGACCUGAGCCACAUCUGGAUUGCAAGGCUUCUCGCAAGCCAGAUCUGGCCUGGGGUAUGGAGUGAUAGUGAAUCCAGCAGGGCAUGGGGUGGCAAUAAUGGAGGGGAUAGGGCAAAU